UGUUCUGCAGAUAUAUCAUCAAUAUAAAUCCAAGUGGAGAAACAAAGGUGGGAAACUCCAUAUCUCAUCUCUGUUAAACUUCUUCAACACAAAAAACCAUGAAAAUUGGGGAUGGCUGACUAUGACAGGGAAUGUGAGAGGAUUAGACAGAUGUUGGAUGAGUGUGACAUUUCCAUUGUUCCUGAGGAUGAAUCAGAUCAUAUUGAAGUCAAUGAGCAUAUCUCAGAAACAGACUGCAGUAAGUAAGCGGGCCAGAUGUGAAGGAUGGCUAGGUGAGGAUAAGGUGACUUGGUGGAAGAAAUAAAUAAAUUUGAGAGUGCACAACUGUUCUCAUAAUAUAUCCACUGGGCAAUAAGGGCUGAAAGGUCCAGCUCUAAAUGUACAAGCCCCUGUUGAAUUUUGGUCACUCUUUAUCACACCAGAAGUAAUAGAUUUGUUAGUGCUAAACACAAACAUGCUCAUCAGUGAACAAAGAACGAAAUAUGCUCAAAAGAACAAGGGUUAGAGACAUAGAUGGUGUGGAAAUGGAAGCUUUUCUUGGGAUAGUGCUUUUGGCAGGUAAUUAUCACCGCAACAAGAUCAUUCUUGAUGAUCUAUGGAACACAGAUGGCAUGGGUGCGGAUGUUUUCAGAGCAACAAUGUCAUUGCAUUGUUUUCGAUUUCUCUUAGUUUGCAUCCGAUAUGAUGACAAAGCAACACGUUCCGAACAUAAAUUAGUUGAUAAACUGGCCCCUUUCAAAGAUCUGUUUGUUGAUAAUUGUGUGAAGAACUAUUCUCCCUCAGAGUUUGUUAAUAUUAUAGAGUUCAGGGGCAAAUGUACGUUCAGACAAUACAUACCAAAUAAACCUACUAAAUAUGGCAUAAAGAUACAAGCAAUGACUCAUACUAAAACAUUUUAUGUGUGCAAAAUGGAGGUCUAUACAUGUAGGCAGCCAGAUGGCCCAUUCAAGGUAGACAAUUCUCAUCUUCCUUUGGUCCUCAGGCUGAUUUCUGAUAUCUCAGGAUCAGAUAGAAAUGUCACAUUUGACAACUGGUAUACCAGCUAUAGACUAAUUCAUAAGUUGAUUGCUGUGGGAACACUCAGAAAGAACAAAAAGGAAAUUCCUGGAGCAUUUUUGCAGGUCAAAGACCUACCUCCUCAUGACAGUAUGUUUGGUUUCGAAGAAAAUGUAAUACUGGUUUCAUACAUUCCUUCCAACCAGAAAGGUAAGAAAAAAUGUUAUUCUCUUCAGUAGCAUGCACCAUGAUUCAAAAAUUGACCCAGAUUCUAGUGAUCAAAAGAAACCAGACAUUAUAACACUUUACAACACAACGAAAGGAGGCAUUAAGAUAAUAGACCAGAUGUCAACAGAGUAUGACACAAAUCACGAAAUAGCCAUCAUUGGCCUCUGACAGUUUUCUUUGCACUUCUAAACAUUCCAAACAUAAAUUCUUAUAUCCUUUGCUUUCACAGCCCUCAGAACAAGCUAAAACGCCAUUUGUUCAUA